AUGUUGCUCCCACUAUCAAAGUGGUGCAUUCUGUCAUUUUUUCUUAUUUUUGUGAUACAUCUGAGUUUAUUGGAAGCUAACCCUGCUGAGGAAAUCUUCAAUACUGUGGCGUCAUGUUUAAAGCACAACCGUUUGGGAUACGAUCUUCCCAAGUUACCUUCCUGCUCUUUGGGUGACUCAAACCAAGUAAGCGAAGCCUGUGUCCAAGAAAUUUCUAGUUGGUUACAAUCAAAGGAGGAAGGCUAUAUUAAUAUACUAAGAAGUAAGAAAGGCAAAAUUCUAGCAGAUAAUUUAGAGGAGGAAAAAAUGGGAGAUAUUUUAGACUCAAAUCAGGUUACUUUAAUGAUAAAUGAAGUCCUAAAUUCCCACAUUUCCUCGAGAAAAAACAAAUUUGCUUGCCCCAAUAAUUGCAAUUCCAGCGUAGUUAAUAUAUUACAGAAACUAAAAGUUCCCUUUGAAAUUGUGAAUAGCAUCCAAUCAUUUCUGUGUAAAAGUAAGAGUUUUUCAGUCGAGACUUGCCUUGAAUCUGUUGAACUGAGUCUUGAGAACUUUUUGGAUCGAGAUAAUAAAAGGACAGAAAAAUUACACAGAUCCACGGCUCUGAGAAUCUGUUACAAUAUUGGACUUAUAUUUGGAAGAAACCCCUUAUUUUUGGGGCAUAUAUUCGACCUCAUAGCUUUUGAUCAUUCUAUUCAAGAGCAGCUUGGAGUUAGUAUUUCUCAGUUAACUGGGAAGAGCUUUAAAAAGUUAAGUUUAGAGCCAGAAAUCAUUUAUAUCUUUGACUCAAUUCGUCAAAUCAAAAUCAAGGAGAUUUACCAAAUGGAAAACAAUAAUCAAAUUAUGAAUCCUGAAAUUACAGAUAGUUCUAGGUCUAAAAUAGAUGUUUUAGAUGCAGACUUUACAAAAAUAGAAGACCAACCUAGAGAUUAUUCCUAUGAUGAAUGCCAAUUUGGGAGCGAUCUUCUUCUCAAGUUGUAUUUGAUUCCAAUGCAAAAGUCCGAGUUCCUUUGCAAACUUUUUUUCCUAUAUAGAGGCCUUACACUCCCUGAAGGGAGUAAUUAUUCAAUUCAGAUUCCUGAAUUGGGGGACUCCAGGAAGACUCUAAAAACACAGAUAGAAAGCUCUCUAAUGAAUUUUGGUGUCAAAAAGGAAACCAUGCUGAGACUCUCCAGAUUUAAAUUGUUUAGUUGUAUUGAGUCUCUUUUAGAUAAAAAACUAAAGCUUGAAAUUUCGGUUGUCUCUGGAAUAUGUUACUUUAUUUACAGAAAAGUAAAUAAGGAUAUGGUCGAGCUAUUUGAUAUUAACACAGCUUCUUAUGUCUCACUAGCUUUGGUUUGGCUUUCUAGAAAUGCAAACUUUGAUUUCUUCCCAAACAUGAGCUCUUCAGAAAAGGCUAUUUACACCACAAAUUUUGGUAGGUCUGUGACAUAUUUUCUGUUGCAGGCAAUGAAUGAUGGAUUUGACAUAAAUGAAUGCAGGAGACAUCUUCAAGUGCUUAAUAGUCAUGAACCAUUCAUAAGCCAAAGAUAUCAUUCCACACCAGAGUUUCCUUUCGUCAGAGUGAUGAAUCCAAGUCCAAUCAACCAAGAUCACGUUAACUUGAUUUGUAAUGAUAAAAGCAUCAUUUUUCAAAUGUUCUCUAAACUUAACCCUUUUAGAGAAUUUAAUCCAACAACUCAACCAACUAUGAUCUCUUUUAAGAAUACCAGCUCCGGAGAAAAUUCCAAAGGAACUCAAAAAAAUACCUCAGGAACCAAAGAAAUUUUUGAUACCACUUUACAACUCUGCUUUGCUGGUGAUGUUCCAAGGGGAUACCUAAUGAAUGCUGUUUCCUUCUCAAUUGUUGGUUUAAAGGCUUUCCUAAGGAAUACCCUCACGUUUUUAUCUCAAGAAGCGAUUAUGUCAAAGUACAACGACAUUCAAAGUGGUAAAGUUAUAGUCACUCCUUUUAGUGAUGUUCUCUCAAUAAUGGGAAUCUCUGGAAGCUAUAGUAGCCUUUUAAACACUCAAGAACAGCUUAUGUUUACUAACAAGUACAUCUGUAGUGGUUAUUCUGAGAACAUAGAUGUAAGAAUUAAAAAUAACAAUAUUGUUAAGUAUGUUGGAUCACCUUUCUAUAUUAUAGCUAAAGAUUCCAGCACCUCCUCCAGUAAUAUGUUUAACUUUAUGAACUGUGUCGAUGAGUUUAUUCUAAUCAAUUGGAGUAAUUUUAGGUAUUCCUUACUUAAAUCUGACCCAAUUAUGUUUUGCAGUCUAAUUGGAAUUUAUCUAGCCAGAGAUUAUACCUAUAUUCAGUCAGAGAUCAAUAAAUAUGCAAUCUAUGUAACUUACUAUGAAAUUACUGGUAACAUUUUACCUAAUAAAUGUAUGGAGGUAAACUUUUCAAGUAUUCCAUACAUUAAAGAAAUUGAAGACGAUACAAUUCUUUCUAAAGCUUUUAUUGAUUGUAUCGAAAGAUAUUCAACUUUGACUGACUUUAUUUCAAAGGAUGAGUUAAAAUCUCUAUCUAAAAUUUUCUCAAUUAAUGUACUAGAACAUGUGGAUAAACCUAUGGCUCUCCAUCGAUCUUCUACAUUCAGGAGACUCCUGACUUAUAUUCUAGAGAAUUAUCCUAAAAUUGGAAAAGAUAAAGCUUCAAAAAUUAUAUUAUCUUUAAACCCAAUUUACGGUUUUAACUAUGACCAACUGUUCUCAAAAUUGGCAGAAAACAACAUUCCCUUUAAAGAAAGCGCAAUCAUUACUGGCUUUGUUGCGAACCAACUUGAUGGAAACACAAAGAAACUGGAUUUUGACUUCAUUAACUGGCUUAGAGACUAUUCUGGUUACUACCUACCUUUUGAGAACCAUCCAGGCCUAAAAGAAAAUGUUCUUAAGCUUUUUACUGAGCAAGAAGUUCUUGAUAAGAGUGAUUGUAUUAAAAAAGUCAAUGAAUUGUUUGAUAAGUUCCAGGUUCCAUUAGAUGCAAAUACUGACUUAAUCUGUGAUGAAUGGGGGACUCUUUUUGAGAACUACCCUAGAAGAAAAUCCUAUAACAAAUUUCUAAAGAUAAUCGACCAAAACACAGAAUCUACAACAGAGACUCAAAAGGAUAUCAUUAACCUUCGAAUUACUCGUACUCACCCUGUAGGUAUCUCAACCAAAGUGAGUAUUGGCUUCAAAAAUGUUCCAUUAAUCUCAAUAAUCCCUAUUCUAGCUAAUAGAGGUCUUUUGGACCCCAAAAAAGAGGUAUUUAAAGGUUUUCGGACUGAAUCCAAAACAUUUAUGUUUGCAGAUCAAGAGAAUGAAAUGGAUAUUUCAGCUGAAACUCUUGGACUAAAUGAUGGAGAUGUUCUUAACUUAAUUUUAAAAGAUUUGGAACCCGAAGUUUUUACCAUUAACAUUUCCUGGAAGGAUACAAACACAAGAAAAGAAGGCAGUUUUUUGUUUAGUAUUAAAGAUAAACCUCUUAGACAAUUUCUCGAGGAUCUAUACAAAAGAGAGGAACUUAAGGACAGAAUAAUAAAGUUUUUACUAUUUCCAAAUGGAAAAAUGUUGGAUCCUCAAUCGGGUAACUUAGAUCAAAAUAUUUCAAAAUAUGGUUUUGAGACUUCUAAUAAGUUAGAGUUGAUUACAUUGUUGAAAAACAUUUCCUUACUUAAUUUGAGGCUUAUUUGGAGGAAUCCCUCUAUACUCGAAAUCAUUCCUCCAAUAGAUGAGAAGGAGAAUUUAAAAGAGAACUUUUUAAGCAAGGAAAUACAAAUUUCAUCCAACGAAAUCACAAAAAACCUGUUUAGUGAGAUUAAAACUGCUUUGAUGGAUGAGAUAUUUGUUAUUGGAGACAAAUUUGGAGUUGAUAAGUUUGAAGUGGCAUCCAUUGAAAUACUUGGAGAUAGUCAGAAGUCAAAUGCCUUAUUAUUGGACCAUGUUGAAAACUUAAUUCAAAACAAUCCUGAAAAACAUAACAUGCUGAUUUCUGAUUUAGGAAUCAAUGAUCACGACCAAAUAUUGGUAAAUCUGAUAAUAGAGCCUUUCAAGAGUGUAAAUAUCGUUUCAAAGGCUCAGAAAUGGUCAUACAUUGCAAAGAUUACAUCUAUUCCUUAUAACUUUCAUAAUGGGUUCCAGUCCCAGUUCCAGUUCGGACUAUUUCACAUAUUGAAUAUGAUUUUAGAUAACAACAUUGAUUUGUACGACAUUAUAGUUCAUGAAAAGUAUUUCACGGAUAAAAAGGAGGCAAAAAACAGCAAAGGACAUUAUAUCAAUAUUUCCCCAAGGAUCAAAACAUUCAAUCCUGUCGAAAUGCUUAUUCAGAAUUCACUUAUACUUUUAAAUAGUAAGAAAUUGGUUAAAAGUGAAUGGAUUUCUCUGAUUGUUAUUUUGAAGGACACACCAGAUAUUAAUAAGGUAAUUAAAUUCCGAACUGUGAUGACUUCUAAUAAAAUUUCAGAUCUACUUAGAAAAACUUUUGGAAAUCAUAUUAGGCCUGAGAGUCUCUUCACAAAAAAUGGCAAAGAAAUCAAAUUAACUGAGAAUAACGUAAACAUAAUAUUUAGUGAUAUAUCACUUAAAGAUCAUGAUGUUUUAUACCUAACCUGCAUCAAAUCUUCAUUUGAUGUUGUGGAUAUGAAAGAAGCAAGCAAUAUUUCUGGAGGAAUUAGUUUUGAAAGGGUUGAGGAACUUUUGAGUUCUUAUGGAUAUAUAAUUCAAAAUUACAGAAAAGCAAGGGAGGGUAUUUUUGAUAAUGGUGAAAUAUCAGAGUACCCAAGAAGAUUUAAUGAUCUUCCUCAUCUAGAAAUAUUUUUGAGACAAUUUACUCCAAGUAUUAACUCAGAGAGACUGAUUAGUGAGUCUCAGGAAUACAUUUUCCAGCCAAAUUAUAGAUUCCCAAGCGCUCUUGAAAGGUUAGUUCCAUUGUUAACUGAAGAUUUUCUGGGUCAACCAGUUAACUAUAAUUUAAUCAACGAGUUACAUGAGAAACACGGGUUACUGAGUGCCAAAGAAGGAGAUCUUUUUGAUUUUUUGGCUUGUAUCCGAUCAUUUAGAAGCUUCUUUUUUUAUAACAGACCCAAAAAUGUUGUCUAUUCUGCUAGAAUUUACAAUAUAUGUAAAAGAAUGGGAAGUGCACUUUUCAGAAGAGAAUCUUGGUUAAUGGAGCAAGGAAUUAGUGGAGUUGUCGUCUCAACUUUGGAGGAGGAACUGUUACACCCAAUAAACGUAGAAAAGGAUGGUCUAUUCUUUAAUUCUGUAAGCCUUCUUGGGUUUUUAGGUUCUGAAUGUAUUGAAACUUUAAAGAAUGUAUUGGAAAAGUUAUAUUUAAGCUCUUCCAGGGUCAGAGACCUUGAAAUUCCUAUAAUGGUUAAUUUUGAUCAAGUUUGCAUGCAAAUUCAGUCUUUCGUCAACAAUUAUGAUGAUUCUACUGGAGAAUACGAAAAGAUUGUUCAAACUCUGCCUGCCUAUAGGCUUAGUCAAAUAAUUGACUCUCUAUUUCCAAAGUUUUGGGAGCAAAGCACAUUUGGUGCUUUGCUUCCAAACAUUUCUGAAGUGAAAUAUGCCAUUACUCCUUUAUUCGAUUUUUUUAAGGUAUUUAAAUUCAUAAGAAAUCAUUUAGAGAUUCAUUUAAAGCUUCUUAAGGAUUACCCUAGCUGUGUAAUUUUGUUGACAGCUUUGUUAAUUAGAAAUACAAUGGUCAGUUCCAGUAUUAGUCCCUUUGUUUUUGUAAGGAAACUUGCUCAAUUUGCAUUGGAGAAAGAAUAUGAAGAAACUAAAAAGCUCAAUAUGAAUUUAAGUCAAAUUUUACCCAUUUUAGAGAAAAAUCCCUAUCUCUCUUCAACAAACAGUAAAUACGAAACUGGAGAUUCUUGGAUAUGGGAUACAAUCAAAGGGAAUCAAAAUAUGGAAAUCUUAGAUUUAGAAAACAAACUUAAACAUUCAAGCAAACUUUUGCUAAUCUUCAAAAAACCUGAGAACUUGUGUCCUCUAUCUACAGCUUCUGAGGAGCCAAUUAUAAAAAUGGGAGAUGAUAUUCAAGCUCUGAUAAAAUUUUUCACACAAAGUAUAAUUGAAAGUAAAGCUGGAAGAAAAAGAGAAAAAAGAGGAAUCUUAGAAGAUUUUAAGAUUAGUGAUCUAGCUUUGAUUUCUGAUAAUUUAGAUCAAUUUAAAGCAGAUAGUUUCUAUAAAAUAAUAAAACAGGAUAUAAUGGAUAUCAUUAAAAAGAACACCAAAGAGAUGAAAAAUACCAUAGGAUACGUAGAUAUUGGAAACUAUGAUCAUGAGUACGUACCUUUCAUAGUUUCUUUUAUCGUCAUUUCUAAUUUAAGUAGAAAUAAAAAAAACAAAAACGAUUUAAUGUAUGAUUUCUUCAAGUUUUUUAUCCAGGAGAUCUUUUUAAGUUUGGGGAUCAUCGUUGGGAAUAUUGAGGUAAAACAAAUUACAGAGAAAGUUCUUGAACAUUUUGAUUGGACUAGGAUGAGCGUUUCUAGAGAUAAACUACUCAGUAUUUUGGUUGAAGUUACUCCAAUUAACUCUGCAACCUUUAUAGAUGCAGAAAAAACUCAAGCAAUUAGGGAAAUCUCAGAUUUGAUUGUCGACAUAUUAGAAUCAAAAGAUCCUAUUAAGGUCUCUGGCUUAAAAUCUUUUACUAAAAGUAAUAACUUAGAUCUCGGACUUACCCCAAGAGCUCAUUUUUAUAGAUCCAUUGAAAAAUCUAAAUCUAUGGUAGAUGAAAAUAGUGUUGAAGCUAUCAACAAGAUUCUGCUAGAAAAAGAGGGAUAUCCAGAAAACUUACUUAAAUCAUUCAACAGUCAUCUUCGAGAGUCAGUCAAGAUUUUAAAUAAUGAGGUUAUUCACGUAGGAAGAUUGGGAAAAAUGAAACUUUCACCAAGACAGGAACACAUCGGUGCUAUUUUCUUAUCUUAUGGGUAUUCUAAUCUUCAAACAUCUAGUUUUUUGAACAAUUUUGAUCAUAUUCAUUGCUUUUCAUCUGUAUUAAAUAUUAUUACAGAUGAACCAAAAAGACUGGACCACUAUUAUCAGAUUUGUAUGAGUGUCUGUAUUGAAGUGGAUGAGAUAGGUUAUCUUUCCUGUGAGAAGUUACUAAUCCAGUCUCUAGUCUCAACUUUGUUAUCUGAUGAAUGGCCUCAGCCUCUCAAAAGACUGGUUUCAUUCCUCAAGUAUGAUUAUAUUUUUGAUCAUGAUCUUAAGAUCCUUAGAGAGAUUUAUUUGGAUGAGACAAAUAAAAGACUCUCUGAAAAAUGGAUUGAUUUAAUAAGAAGUAUGAAAUAUUCCUCUAAUUUGUACAGUAUAAUUAACCAGUUUAAACCAUAUAUUGACCAAAUUCUUGCUGAGAAAGAUAUUAAAGAACCAAGUUCUGGAUUUGGCCUAAUUGAUUUGAUUGGGGAGCUAACUUCUUGUUGGACUAGGGAAACUGGGGAAGAUUAUAUAAAGAAAUUCCUAAUCAACCAUGAAUAUCCAAUAGAGCUAUUAAAACCUUUUUUAAACAUUUGGCCAGGAGAUGGACGAAAUAGGAUUAAUUUAAAAGUUGCUCUUCCUGGAAAAGUAACACUGAAAAGACUCAAAGCAUCACUUUACCACGAAAUCGAAAUUAAAGGAAUAGAAAAACAAAAGGAUUCUGAAUCUUUAAUAGACGAAAUGAUUGAAAAAAUAACUCAGUCAGUUUUGGGAGUUAAUAUCGGACUUGUAGAAAAGAUCCCGAAUUCUAUGCACAAAUUAAGUAACAUCAAAAUGGCUGAGAAUGGUGUUAAUAUUGAAAGUUUAAUAUCAAAACUCGAUAAGAAUGGAGCAAUCAGCAUCUAUCUCUCUUUAAAUGAAUGUAUUUCCGAAACUAAUAAACAAAUUGUCAACAAUUUGGAAUUAUCAUACUCUGAUAUCCUUUCUUUUUGUGUGGGAAUUGUAAGUGAAAUAUCCUAUAGGAAAAUGUCUAACUUAAAUGAACUAAACCAGAACUUUCUUCUUCCUAAAUCAGUUAAUAUCAGAAAUGAACUUUACUUUGUGAUUGUAUUUUACGGAUUCCAAUUUGCCCUAAAUCGUAUCUUCCAAGGAUUUCUCUCAAAGAAUAAGAUUAAGGAGUACUUGUUACUCAUGAAAGAUAACUUAUACCAACUUAAUAACGAACUUGGAAUUCUUAACUUCAUCACUAGAUUUGUCAUGAAAUUCAGGCUUCCAAUAGAUCCAAAUGUUCUUUCUUACUAUUUGAAGGAAGUUAUAUUAAACUUUAAUUCUGGGAUUAGUUUGGACAAGACUGAUGAAAUCAAGAUUUAUCAAAACGUUCCAGAUAUAGUAAUAUCCAACAAAGGUUUUCAUAAGCUAGUCUUUGAGAUCACAAAGGAGCUUUUUGAUCAUGUUGGAGAUGAGUUAGAAGAAAAGCACUUUAAACUUUUAUUUGAAGAAAGUGAUCUUAAAGAAUUAAUUGAAAGGGGAUUCAACCCCAUUAAUAUUCAGGAAUUUGUGAACAAGAUUACUAACAAAAGCCACAGAAAUGUUUUGUUUGAGUUUGGAAAAAAACUUGGAAUGAAUUCAUUAAGCUUUAAGCUGGUUUAUAUUCACAAGAUGCUUCAAUCUAAAAUUCUUGAAAUCUUAAAGGAUAAAGAUAUUUCAAAGUCUCAAAGACAGUUCUUCACAAUUAUCAGUUCAGAUCUUUCCCCAAUGGACAAAUUAAUCUAUGAGAUGGUAUAUACAUCCAGAGAAAAUUGUGUUGUGGAAAUGAUUAGGAGGUACACAACCACUAUAAAACAGAAUAAUUACGGACCUCACUUUGAUUAUGCAUUCAAGCUUUGCGAUGAGCUGCUAACCAUAAUGGAAAACAUGACCCAGGAAAUAGACAAUGCGUUUGGCUUAGACUAUUUUGGAGGUGUUGGAAAUUGUGAUCGUGUUAGGAUUAAUGAAGAUAUUGAACAGUUGAAGCUGGAUAUAAGCAUUAUACUAAACUAUCUAAAUAAUUUUGCACUAAUUACAUCUUUAUUUGAGAUCAGAGAAACAAAAGACUUGAAACUUGAAAAAAGUAUACGGUAUGUAGAGAAGAAGAUUGAAAGCAAGUCAAAUAGACCAAAAAUACUUCGUAUGUUUAACAAGUGGGACGAACCAAUAAACAAGAAAAUUCUUCUGGAAAUUAAAAUUAGAAAAAAUAUCUUCAAUGCAAUUUUGUCUUAUUUGGACAAUCAUUUAUUUGUUGUAGUACCAAUGUUCAGAAAGAUUUCAGACUUGUUCAAAAAGAAUAUGGAUAUUAUUAGUUACCAAAAGGUAAAAAAGACUCUUUCUAAGCUUGUUCUGACUCUGUCCACUGUCAAAAAUCCUUACUCUGUCCCUAGUAUUAUGAAGAACAAUUACAAAAUCACAGCUGAAUACCUCAGAGAAGUGAAUAACCACAAAGCUAAGAUUUCCUCCCAAGAAAGCAAAGAUAUUCACAUCUUUGGGAUCAGUCUCCUUCCUUACUACUUGAAAAUUUCUUGGUAUGCUUACUACUUGUCUACAAUUGCUAAAGAAACUAAUGUUCUUUUGAAUCAGUUACCUAAUUUCAAAGUAAGUAAAAUUAACAAAAGUAAGAAAAAGCCAAAGAUCAAUAUUUCCAACUCCUUUAUCAAGUCCCGAAGAAACUCAAAAAAAGAGAAUCUCAAAUUGAUUUCUCCAUCCAAAAUGCCUACUACUAAUUCCGGAGAUAAUAAUGAUCUAAACCUUGAAAAAAAGACUAAAGGAUUAAACUUCUUUAAAAGAAUCAAUAGAUACUUUAAAAAACGUCUAAAAUCGAAAAAAGUAUAA